AGGUGCAUUUCAAAUUACUGUAUAAAGACAAUCUAAUUAGUGUUCUCUUCAGUUUUCUACGAUCAAGAUUCUUAGAACUGACUCCCUGGAAACCUUUCAAAUGGCUGUGUGUCAAGCACGAGCUAACCUCAUCAAUGGUAUCAAAGCUUAAUUAAUUAGAGCAAAAAUGUUACUGUAAAAAACUAUUCCUGUGUUCGCUGAGCAAUCUUUUCUAUUUUACCACUAUUUUGUUGGCUACUUUAAAACUGAAAAGCAUUCUUCAAAAGUUUUUUAAGCCUUAGAUAGUUUGGUCUCUUUGAAGAAUACAAGUCACGGUUCCUGUGAUAAGAAAUAUAAAAGGCUUAAAUAUCGAUGGUAAAAACACAAAGUGCAACUGUAACUCACGGAAGUGUGUAUAGUUUUUUUUAAAAUAAAGUUCUAAGUUAUGGCAAUUACAGCUUAGCUGAACAUUAAAAUAAACUCAAUAUAUAGUUUCACUGUAAUAUAGCUUUAGAAAAUGCUGUUAUGCUGGAGUUUGGUGUUAUUUGUUUCUUUCAUCUCGGCAAAUGAAGAACCAUCUCUUUUAGUCAACAUUCAGCAAGGUCCUGUCAAAGGAUACAAAUUGCCAAAUUUUGAUAUAUAUGCCUUCUAUGGUAUUCCGUAUGCCACUGCACCCACUGGAGUAAAUAGAUUCAGGGGUCCCCUACCACCACCUACUUGGGAUGAGCCCUUUGAAGCUACAGAAAACAACAUUAUAUGUCCUCAAAACAAUAAUCUUUUUCAGACAUUUGAUGGGAUGCAAGUCCUAGAAAAUUGUCUCGUUGCAACAAUAUAUGUUCCUAAUACAAAUAAAACGAAUUUACCAGUUAUUGCAUAUGUUCAUGGUGGUGCAUAUCAAAUCGGUCAUGCAAAUCGGCUGACUCCAAAGCACGUAGUUGACCAAAAUGAUGUUAUUGUGGCUUCAUUCAACUACCGAUUAGGAGCACAUGGAUUUUUGUGUCUGGGUACAAAGAAUAUACCCGGAAAUGCUGGAAUGAAAGAUCAAGUAGCAUUUUUACGAUGGUUACAAAAAAAUAUAGCCUCAUUUGGUGGCAAUUCUAACGAUGUCACAAUUUACGGUAAUAGUGCUGGAUCAAGGUCUGUUGAUCUUUUAAUGAUUUCAAAAGCAUCUUCAGGUCUUUUUAAAAGAAUGAUUGGAGAUAGCGGUGGAAGCCUCAGUGCUCAAACUGUGCAGGUCAAUCCUCUACAAAAUGCAAAGUCAUUUGCACAAAUGUUGAAAUUCGAUGACGUUGACGAUAUUAAUGCUUUAGAAAACUUUUACCUAAAUGCUUCUUAUGAAGUUUUGACUUCAAUAGACACAAUAGCCUUAAAAGAUUAUUUAUUUACACCGUGUGUCGAGCGUGAUGUUGGUGAUGAAGUUGUGCUUGAUAAAAGUCCAUUUGAAAUUCUUAAAAGCGGCGAAUAUGCACAGGUACCCAUGUUAUAUAGCUUUACAGAAAUGGAGGGUACAUAUCGGCUACAAACAUUUCAAGAAUGGAAAGAAGAAAUGAACACAAACUUUUCCUCAUUUUUGCCUAUUGAUCUUCAAUUUCCCUCGGACAAUGAGAGAGAAGAAAUAACAAAGAAAGUUGUUGAAUAUUAUCUUGGUAAAGUCAAAAUAAUUGAAGAAAAUAUUUUAUUAUUCGUAAAUUACUUCACGGAUACAAUGUACGUUCAUCCAAUGCUCAGAGCUAUACAGUUACAUUUGGAAGCGGGACAUAAAAAUAUUUACUCGUAUGAAUACUCAUUUACUUCUGCAGAAUCACCUAAAAUUGAUUAUUCAGAUAUUCUGGCUGCCAGUCAUAGUAGUCAAACAACUAUGUUCUUUGAUUCAGAGAACGAACAUGAACGGUCUGACGAAUAUAAGGAAAUGAAAAGAAUUAUAAGGGAAAUGUAUACCAAUUUCGCAAAAUUUGGAGAACCGUGUCCACAUGGAAUCUUUUUACCACACUGGCCUCCCAUUACCACAGAAAACAUGCAGAUAUUGUCGUUGAACCAAACAUUAGAAAUGAAACCGCUGCAGCACCGAGCGACAUUUUGGGAUGAUAUUUAUGCUAAAUAUUAUAGAAAUCCUAGUUUUCCGACAGUUUCGGUUUAACCAACCGCUUACCUACGUAGAGAUCACUUGCAUCAAUAAACUAUAAGUAUUAUAAGUUUAUCUUCUAGCUGUUAUUUCUCAUAUAAAAGAAGUGCUUAUAAUUCACCAUGAGUGUUUAUAACAUUUUUCUUUCAUUCUUCAUCUGAAUAUAUAUUUUCAAGUCUAUUAUCUAAUCAGACACAGAAUUUUUAAAAUACUAUGUCUUUUUAAUAAAAAAACAAAACAUUUA